CUCAACCGUCAGUUGAAGAGUCGGCAUAUCGCUAUGAUCAGCGUGGGUGGAGUAAUCGGUACUGGCCUAUUUCUUGGAUCCGCAACGGCUUUGAAGAACGCGGGACCAGUGGGCAUGUUGCUCGCGUACAUCUUUAUUGGCAGCAUUUGUUUUUGUGUAAUGGUCUCUGUCGGAGAGAUGAUCUCUUUCCUCCCUAUCGCAGGCGGACAUAUUCGGCUCGCAGAACGUUUUGUUGACCCAGCGUUUUCCUUCGCACUCGGGUGGUCGUUCUGGUAUGGUUGGGUGGUAAGUCCGUACCAAACCGCCGAGUUGUCUGCAGCGGCAACACUGAUCGACUUCUGGCAUCCAGGCGUCAGCAACGCCGUCUGGAUCACGAUGUGUCUGGUAAUCGCCAUCAGUAUCAACAUGCUAGGCGUAGGAGUGUACGGUGAAUCAGAGUUCAUAUUCUGCUCUAUCAAGGUGAUCACAAUCGUAGGCCUCAUCAUACUUGGUAUAGUUCUUGAUCUUGGCGGUGGGCCGAACCACGAGCGCCUUGGGUUUAAAUACUGGCGCAACCCUGGCCCAUUUGUGCAGUACGAAGGGAUCGAAGGAAACCUUGGGCGUGUUAUCGGGUGGUCGGCCGCGGUUACUCAAGCGGCUUUUUCUUAUGUUGGUACUGAGGUCGUUGCGAUAGCUGCAGCUGAGGCCAAAAACCCUCGACGAAACCUUCCCCGGGCCGUCCGUCGUGUAUACGCACGGAUUCUUGUUUUCUACAUCGGAAGCGUUUUCGUGAUAGGCCUUCUUGUACCAUCCACAGAGCCAUUGCUAGACUUGGACUCCGGGAACGCGUCCGCUUCUCCGUUCGUGAUAGCAAUAAAUCGCGCUGGCAUCAAGGGACUACCUUCGGUCAUUAACGUAGCCUUUCUAACGUCCGCGUGGUCAGCAGCCUCAGGUGACUUGUACAUUGCUUCCCGCGGGCUAUAUGGCCUUGCUGCCGCGGGUAACGCGCCCAAAAUAUUCCUUCGUACAACACGCUCGGGGUUUCCCAUUGCUUCUGUCAUUUUCUCCGCUGCAUUCUCCUUGCUCUCGUACAUGGCAACGAGCGCCAGCUCAGGCGAGGUCUUCACUUGGUUUUCAAGCAUGACCGCGACAUGCGGGUUAUGGGGUUGGUGCGCGAUAGGAAUCAUAUACGUGCGAUAUUACGCAGGCAUUCGCGCUCAGAAGAUAGACAGGCGGUCACUCCCAUACUCGUCUCGCUUACAGCCCUUCGCAUCGUGGUGGGCUAUCUUCGCCUGCGGAAUUACCAUGCUUUUUAGCGGGUACGAGGUAUUUCUUCGUGGUCAAUGGUCCACCGCGACGUUUGUCACAAACUAUCUACCUAUCAUUCUCUUCCCCGUACUGUAUGUACUCGCCAAGAUCGUGACGCGUAUACCUCUAGUUCCAGUACAUGAGAUGGAUUUUGUGUCUGGGUCACGGGUUGAUGAUGAAUUACAGGAACCCAGAUCACAAACCUGGCUGAUAUCGUUCUGGACUUGGCUGAUGUGAAGGCGGUAGUCACAAGACAGUGUGCAAGUUGCUAUAAAAUGAGCUAUGAUACGAAUACUCUUUGGACUCUCCCCUCAGUCACACAACGCCGGACUUCUAGAAAACCUGUCCCAAGCCCAAACUGAAAUACAUUAGUAUGGUUAACCGC